AUGACUGUAAUUAUUCCCGAUAUUAGGCGACCAUUACCAACAAAUAUGUUGUUAUCUUUAACACAAUGCAAUUUUAGCGUGCAACAAGCUAUAAACGCACCAAUUGAUGUUGUAUGGUCUAUAGUUCGUCAAUUUCACAACCCAAAAGCUUACAAAAUGUUCAUAAGAACAUCUUCAUGUACCUCGUCGUCUAAUGUCGUAGGAUCGUUCCGUCACAUAACCUUUGUAGCGGAGUUUCCAACGACAUUGAGCAUCGAGAGGCUCGAUGAAAUCAACGACGAGAAACAUGUCAUGGUGUUUAGUGUCGUUGGUGGUGAUCAUAGUUGUCGUCUCCCUAACUAUCGAGGAACGAUUUCUCUAGUAGAGUGUAAUGAGAAAGGUGGUGGCCAAAAGAGAACUAUUGUAACGGAAAAAUAUACGGUCAAUGUGCCGGAAGAUAGUAAUGAGGAGGAGACUCGUUAUUUGGUUGAUACGUUGGUGGGAUUCAAUCUCUGGUCUUUAGCUAGCGUUGCUGAACGCAUCUCGGCUUAA